CAUAAGCAGUUCAAACUUUUAACGAGCACCGAGCGGCACGCGACCGAUAAGAACCAAGCCAAGAUGCAAGCCUGUAAGCUGUUUCUCUCAUUUCUGCUGGCAAUGCACUGCACUCAAGCGCUGCUGGCUGCCUGUGUGUGCUCGGAAAAGGGUACCGACUAUUGCCAGAGCUGCCAAGGACCGACGAUUGUGCGUCCCAAGCCCCGCUACUAUGAGCCCAGCGACGUGAAUCUCUCGCCGAUCGGGGACAAUUGCUGGUGCAGCAAGCAGCUGAUUGAGCCCGCCCAACUACCCAAGACCUGCGGAAAAACGACACCAUGCAAACCCACCUGCGCAUGCCAGCAAAGCGACGAUAGCUACAGCAGCAGCUCCAGCUCCAGUUCCAGCUAUGGCAACAUUGCAUAUGCGGCCGAGAAGACGGAAGAUAACAGCCCGGCCGCAGAUCCCAUUAGUGUGAGCCUGGCAGCCCAGGCCGGCAAGGCCAUUAAUGUGCCGGAGGCGAAGCUGGCUUAUGGAUUCGCCCAAAAGCCUGUUGAUGGUGUGCAAAAGGUUACCUUCUCCAAUGUGCCCGAGGAGAAUCUGUUCAAGCUGAAGAGCGAGGUCAUCACCCUGCAGAAGCCCAAGUAUAUUGCCAAGCAGGAGGAGGAGGAGGAGUACAUCGAGGAGGACGAGCAACAGCAGUCCUCCGAUGAUGAGCCGGCACCCCAGUUGACCUACAAGCAGCUGGGCUACAUCACCGAGCAGUUCAAGAACCCCAAGUUCAAGAAAAUAACCAGUACCCGCUCGAGCUAUGGCUCCAGCAGCUACGCCUCCAAGACCUACAGCGAUGGCUACGGCAAGGUGGCCGGCAAGGUUUCCGUUGACUGUGGGUUCAAGCCGGGACGCAUUACCUCCUACCGCAAUGCGAAUCGCCAGGAGCCGGAUGCUGGUAGCUGCUAUUAGGCAUUUCCUGCUCUGAUACUUCCGAUUGUAAAUAUCUACUAUUUAUGCUAAGGAAUGAAGGGAUGCUUGGCUGGCUUAGAGCUUAAAUAUAUGUACGUACUAUCCACUAUUUAUGCAAACAAACAAACAAACAAACCACACAUGUGUCUAUACAU